AUGGUCCAAUCGGCUGGGACCGAUGAUGUUAAGGAGGGAUCUUUGCAGGCGAAGAGUUGGGUGGUCGGUCAUCUAGUACAAUCAAAGUUUACUGAUGUUUCUCGCACGUACAGGCCGAAGGACAUCAUGCAAGAUAUUCGUGAGGAGUAUGGUGUAAAUAUGAGUUACGACAAGGCCUGGCGUUCGAGCGAAGAAGCACUCCGACUUAUCAGAGGGGAUCCAGCUUCAUCGUACGGGCUACUACCCGCUUAUGGGGAAGCCGUGAAAAUCAUGAAUCCAGGUACUAUAUUUGAAUUGGAGUUGGAUGAUAGCAAGUACUUCAAAUAUGUCUUCAUGGCCAUGGGUCAAUCAAUUAGAGGUUUUAUGUGUUGCAUUCGACCAGUUUUGGUUAUUGACGGGGCACACCUUAAAGGGAAGUACGGAGGUGUAUUACUAACUGCUUCUGCUGUUGAUGCGAAUAACCAAAUAUACUCAGUUGCUUUUGCAAUAGUCGGGAGUGAGAGCGUCGCAUCAUGGGCAUGGUUUAUGACUCAAUUGAAGAGUGUUGUCCACACCGUUCAGAAUUUGGUCUUCAUUUCUGAUCGACAUGCCGCCAUUUGUAAAGCGAUUGAUGAGGUAUUUCCUACUGCAUUUCAUUGCUUUUGUAUACAUCAUCUAAAGAUGAACUUGCUGGCCAAAUUUAAAACGCCCGCGUUGGAGGCAUUAUUUUUUAAGGCUGCGAAGGCAUUUCACGAGUCAUAUUUCAAUGAGAACUGGGUCCAACUGUGCGCACACCCAGGAGUGAGGGAAUAUCUAGAAGCUAUAGGAAAGGAACGAUGGGCUCGCUGCUUUCAGACGAAACUAAGAUAUUCACAAAUGACCACCACUAUUGCAGAGUCCGUUAAUGCCCUUUUCAGGCAUGCACAUAAGUUGCCAGUCAUCGCAUUACUUGAUCAUAUCAGAGGUGUGUUGUAG